AUGGCGGUGCGAAAGAUCGACAAGGAGAAACCAGCCCCACUCAAGACAACAUCAAGAAGGAACUCCGAAUCACCUGUCGCAGCCGUAGGAACAGUACAAGACGGUUUCUCUGUGGUCAUUCCGUCUAAGAGCGGUGAUUCUCCCGACGGUAGUGUCGCGUCUCCUGACUCGGUCGAUUCCUGCGUGGGCAAAGAUGGCUCGUCUUCUCCUGAGCACUCCAUUAGCGACGACGGCUCGGUCUCCCCCGUGGUUCCCCCUGGUGAAUCCCGUUCCUCAUCAGUGGAGUCUACCUUUUACGACUAUUGUUCGGCUUCCCCCGCACGCUCGGUCGACAAGGAACAUUCACCAUCAGGGGAGUCAUCCAUCAGCCAAGAUCACUCACCGUCCCCCGCUCUCUCCCAAAACGACGACCGUUCCCUAUCGCCGGAGAACCAGGAAGCCGCCAGUGAGAACGAUUAUGACGGUCACUCAAUCGACAGCAUCACCCAAGACAACGAUUCCGACGAGGAAGAACACCCGGACCCCAAAGUUUGCACAGUCGCGCAACUCCCCGACUUCGCCACGGACCACGGUGCCCGCUUCCACAGAAAGGAUCGCAGGGCAGAGAUGGUCCAGAUUGUGACUCAGUGGAUGGCGGAUCACCCACGUGAAGGAAGCUAG